AUGCUUUGGUGGUUUCUGGUACUAUUGGCGACAGAAGUGGUACAACCGGAGGAAUGUGAAGAAACGAAGGUGGAUGUAACUGGUUUGUAUGGUUAUUCAAAGGUUAGUCAAUCCAUGGUUCAGACUUGGGUUCAGAUGAACAUUGUAAGUUGAAGUUUGGGUUAUAGUAUUAUAUUUAAUUUGGAUAUUAUAGUAGGUAUUUAGUUAAUUUUACUUUUACUUCUUAUUACGUAUCACGUUUAUUUUUUAUCUUUAUCAGGAAACAUACAAUUAUAAGCGAUUGCAUUUAAAAAUAAUAUUGAAUAACCGAGAAUUGCUGUUUCAGGUUUCCUAUAAAAAGAAUCCAAAGAGUAUAGAUCUACAGAUGCGUAAGUGAAAACCUUUAAAUUAAAAAUAUCAACGUAAUAAUGUCUAUUAUUCAGGCUACAGUAAUCAAACAAAAGGACUCUUACAAAAUAUAAAAGGUUUCUCAAAGUAAGUUUUUUUUUCAUUUGUAUUUAAAAAGGUAUAAAUUCAUAAAUAAUGUUGAAGUAGGGGUUAUCAUAAAAUUAUUAUUAACAUGUAAUGUUGGUUAUGACGCAAUCUGUCUUUUGACGAUUUUAACUGGAAUCUAAUUUAUUUCGGACCAAUGUCUUUAUCUAUUUAACGGUUUAAAGACUUAAUUCUUUUACUUUUUUUCAGAAACGAGAACUGGAUAUCCCAAUUGAUCAUUCCGAACUCUACUCGCUUUCUAUGGGUCGAGAAGUACGAUGUACGAUUCUUUCAAGUCUCGGACAAGUGGGUUUAACAUUAUUGCAUGUGAUUCUUUUAAAACGAACAACUUUAAUAUUUCUGGGCGAUUCGUUAUGCAGGAGUUUCACUUUUCAUGUUAUGUAUUGUUUUUUAAACCUUUUUGGACACCUUACUUUGGUUUGGAUGUUAUGCUGUUUUGCCGUUUUAGUCGGGGAUUUGACACAGUAAAUUUUAUGUUUCAGCCAUAAAGGCACGUCUUACACAAAGAUGCGUUUUAAUGAAACCGAACUUAAAGUUGACGUUAAAAAGGCCUUCGUAUUCAAGGAUUACUUAUUUGUGAGCAGUGAGGCUAUAAUUGACAUCAAUCUACCGUAUGUAAAUCUCGAGGUAUCUGAACCAGGGCAAAAGCAAAAGUAAGUUUACAUUUUCUUAUAUUUAGGAUGAAUAAGGUAUGACCAAUUUUUGAUGGAUCGGAAAGCUAAGCUUGUGCCGAUUUUUAAAUUUUUAAAAAUUUUUAUUUUUUAGAACAGAUCUUAGGAAGGUGAAAGCAAACAAAAGCAGCUUGCAUGGUAUUUCAGAAGCAGAAGCGAAUGCGAUUCUUGAUAAGUGCUUUGCAGUAAGUCAUUAAAAUUAGUAUGUCUAUUAAUUCUUAAUCAAUUUCUCAAAAUUUAUAAAAUAUAUUUAUUAAUGGGUAGCGUAGGGGAGGGUAGGGUAGGGUAAAAGUUAUAUCUUAUAGAUCACUCUGGUGUCUUAUAAAAUUGAAUUUAGGGUCGUCGGGAAUGCGUUCCAGUAUGGUCCAAUAAUACUAUUAGUUACGAAGUACGUACGGCUGCUGAGCAUAGACAUGCUGUUAUGGUGAUGAAUGGCUGGACUUUGACAGAAGUUUGGAAACGGUGAGUUAGAUUAAUUUUACUGUUUUUAAAAAGCUUUUUAAAAUUUGAGUUUAGGACAGCUUAUGUACUUAAAAUUUUUUUUAUUUUUUUAGAGAUGACUGUGAGUUGCUUCCGUACUAUUACUUGGAACGACCUAAUGGGUACGUUUGAGUUUUGCGAUUCGAAUAUUUAAAAAUUUUACAAUUAAGACGGGGCGGGUGAUUUUGUCUUGGGCAGGGGAGGAGAGGGUCUGAAGGCACUGGUACCUUUGCUGACUUUACAUAUUUUUUAAAAUUCAACUGAGAGGAGGUGGAAGUUUUUUUUAAUUGGGAGGCUACGUUUGUUCUGCUCUUUUUUAGAGCCCGACCUUGCUUACAAAAACCUUAUCAUAUAUACCUAGCUAGUUAAGCCUUAUUGUAGGACUCGGUACAACAUGCUUGAGGACUCCUCAGAUCAUUUUCUAAGUAUGCCACUCUUAAAGCCUUCGGAUAAGAUCUUUACCUUAUACACGACAACCACUACCACUACUACAACGACGACCACAACUACAACUACCACGAGUACUACAACCAUCGAAUCGAAUACCAAUACACCUACUCUGGAGUACUUUAUUCACCAGCUGAAUCCAGCUUCGCAUCAAGGCGAACCUGACGAAUACAACCCUGAGGACUACAUGAGUAUAAACGAUGGUGUUGCUUGUUAUGCAAAGGCCUUGACAUUGGUUCUUAUGAUGUUGAUGGUUUUUGUAUUUUUAUUGUAG